UACUUUUCACCGCCAAAUAUUUCUAAAGAAUUCUGAAUGGAGUUCGAAGGCGAAGAUGGUUCCAAAUUCUCUUUACAAAGCAGCGACAAAGCACUGUUCGGACGAGGUUGUGGUUUCAACACAAAAGACCACACUGUUUCUCGCCGUCACGUUUCGUUCCAACUCAACAACGAGUCUGAUUCAGAACCUCCUAAGGUUUCAUUUCAAGUCAUUGGAAGAAACCCCAUCUGGGUUUUGAAGAACAAUGACAAAACGCUUAAGAUCUUCAAGAAAUUCGAAAUGGGUCAUUUGGAACUUGGUGACCGUUUUUGCUUGUCUGCCAAAACACCCUUUUGGUUCAAUUUGAACAAGAGUGAAGAUUCUGAGAGUGAGAUUGAAUUUGAUCAACUUGAUAUUUCACAAAUUGAUCCUAUUAAAGAGUUUGGUUUUCUUGUUAUGAGGCAUGAGUUUGACCAGUAUCCAAAGGGCAUGAUCCGGAAUGUGGAGAAUUGGGAGUGGUUCCUCGAGGAGCCUAGCAAAGAAAGUGAGGAUGAGGAUGAUUUUGAGGAGAAAAGGAAAAUAAAGGGAAAGCGGAAAGUAUUUAGAGACAACGAGGAUGACGUGUGGAAUGGUGAUAGUGAAGAUGAUAAGGAACUUGUUGCUAAGGUUGGGAAAGGUAAGAAACCUAGGUACUCCACGAGGUCUAAAGACAAUAGAGGACCUAACAGAGAUAUCAAAGAUAGUAGUAAUUCAAAAAGAAAGAAAGCAACUAGUGUGGAUGAAAAUGAAGAAGAAGAAGAAGAUGAUGAUGAUGACGUUGAUGAUGAGACACUAGGAGGCUUCAUUGUUACUGAUGAAGAAGAUGAGGAUGAGGAACAAAACAAUGACGAUGAGGAGGAGGAGGAGGAGGAGGAGGAGGAGUUUGAAGAAGAAGAAGAAGAAGAUGACGAUGAUGCUGUGGCAGGGUAAAAUCAAGUGGAAAAAUACACAUCCUUUUAGAUACCAAGUGUUGUGGCCUUGCGAUGUUAAUAUGUGGUGACACAAGUAGUUUUCACUUUAUCAUGAUAACAUCAAUAUGAUUGUUUUUUUAUUGAUAUUUGAAUGAAGUGUUGUAUGUCUAGGACUAUGUUCAAUGUAUGAAAUUUGUUAUGUUUUAGUUUAAUGAUAAAAUAGAGAAUGAUCUCAUAACUGAUAAUUGGUACUCCCUGUCACUUUUUAUAAGCAUUAUUUGUAGUUUUA